CAACGAUGGAAGCUUAUAAUUUUCAAAAAGUUGAAUCCAAUAAUAGUAGAGAGAUAUUUAUUGAAAAUAAAGAACUUGAAAAGAAAUUAUUACGAAAAAUAGAUCUAAGAAUUAUACCUUUAUUAACUUUGUUAUAUCUUUUGAGUUUCUUGGAUAGAGUAAAUAUUGGAAACGCGAAAUUGGCACAUAUUGAACAUGAUAUUGGAUUGGUUGGAGUUCAAUUCAAUUGGUGUCUAAGUAUUUUCUUCUUUGGAUAUAUUUUAUUUGAAAUUCCCUCGAAUUUAAUUCUUCUCAGGACAAAUCCAUCUUUGUGGAUUCCUUUUAUUAUGACAUUAUGGGGACUCGUAAUGAUACUUAUGGCGUUUGUGAAGAAUUUUGCAGAGUUAAUGUCAGCAAGAUUUUUCUUAGGUGCUUGUGAAUCAGGACUAUUUCCAGGCGCAGUAUAUUAUAUAACCACAUGGUAUAAACGAUCAGAAACGAAUUCUCGUAUAGCCAUACUUUUUAUGGGAACUAGUUUUGCUGGUUCGUUUAGCGGUUUAUUAGCAUAUAGUAUUGUAAGAUUAGAUGGAAAGUUAGGUUUAAAAGGAUGGCAAUGGAUAUUUAUAAUUGAAGGAUUAAUGACAGUUAUAGUUUCUAUAAUUUCUUAUUUCUUACUCUCUAAUUAUCCUGAAAAAACUAAAUGGCUUAGAGAUGAAGAACGUAAAUAUGUAGUUGAACGAUUAGAAUAUGAUGCAGGAAAAGCACAUGUAGCACAUUUUAAUAAAAAACAAAUUUAUGCCGCUUUAACAGAUUGGAAAGUUUAUUUAGCUAUGUUACAUCUUAGUGCAAGUUCAAUAGUAUUUUAUUCUUAUUCAUUAUUUAUUCCAACAAUAGUAAAUGGAAUGGGAUUUGAUUUUGUUAAAUCACAAUUAUUAUCAGUACCACCAUUUUUUUGUGCUGGCGUAUCAACAUUAGUUGUAGCAAUACUCUCGGAUCGUAAACGUAUUCGUAGUCCAUUUAUCUUCUCAUGUUCAUUUAUUGCGAUUAUUGGUUAUAUCUUGUUAAUCGUACCUUCGAUAGGCAUCCCUGGAAAAUAUGUUGGAGCUUGUAUUGUUGGGAUUGGCUUAUCUCCAAUAAAUAUAACUUCAAUCACAUGGUUAACAAAUAACAUAGCAGGUCAUGCGAAAAGAGGUAUAGCAACAGCAAUGGUAUUGAUGUGCACAAAUAUAGGAGGUGCAUUAGCUUCACAAGUUUAUCAACAAAAAGAUUUUCCGCAUUAUUUCUUUGGUCAUUCUAUAUGUUUAGGAUUAUUAAUUGCUGCGACAUGUAUGUCAAUUAUUCAAUAUAUUGUUUUCGAAACUUUAAAUAAGAGAAAGAAAGAAAAUCCACAAUCGUUUUUAGAAGGAAAAACUGAAGAAGAAAUUGAAAAUCUGGGUGACCUUCAUCCUGAUUUUAUCUAUAGUUUGUGAUUAUUAAAAAUAAAGUAAUUUAAUUGCC